GUUGGCGAAAAUUUUAUGUUUACAACGCAAUAUUUUUUUGUGUUUAUAUUUUUGUGUAGUGUAUAUAAUUAAAAAAAGUUCAAUGCAAUUUUGUAGCAGAUCAAGUUUUAACAAUCGGCGAAUGAGUUAUGGAUAUUUCGGAAUGAUUUUCGUGAAACCACAAAUUCGCUUAUUCACUUCAAGCCAACUUCAAACCGCCCUUCGACCCUUCUUUUUCAUGGUUCAUCCUGAUUUGUUUGGGAAAUUUCCUGAACAAAGAGCAAUUAACGAAAAUUCACUUCAAGUUUUGUCGGCUCAUUUGGAAAAUUUACAACGACGAUCUUUCGCACCACAAUCAGGACCUACAAAUUUACCAUUUUAUCUAAGAGAUAAGGACAAAUCUAAACCAUUUCGUUUGGUCAAAGUCCCACUGACUCAACAACGUGACACUAAAAAUUUUGUUGUAAAUGUUUUAAAGAUCUGCGGCUUAGAAACUGUGAGCGUUGAGAAAAUAGCUGCAACUCCGCCAUCACCAAAGAAAUCAUCAGGUGGUUUUAAAAGUUCAGGACUCAAAUAUACUGUUGAUGACAAUGAAGGCCAAUUCUCCGAAGAAUUUGAUUUGUUUCAAUUUAAAGUUCGGCGUGCUCGAGAAGAUGAAACGCUUGCAAAAUUUAUUAAGAAAAACAUCGAUCUUGCACAAAUCAGAACAAAGAAUCUCGAAGAGCUUCGUGAAGAAGUGCAAAAGUUGAAAAUUGAGCUGGAAACAAAAUUAAUGCUUAUCGAGAUUAAAUAUAAUUGUGGAUGGAAUUUUGAGCAUUUUCGUGGAUGUUUGAAGAGUCUUGAGAAGCUCCAUGAUUUAUACGCUGACGACAUGUACAACUUGAAGAAAAAAACAAUAAUAUUCUCACAAUUCACGGGAGUUUCACUUGAUGGCGAUAUUCAUUUAUUUACUGGUGAUGUUCAAAAUAAUUGGUUGGAUCUUAUCAAGAAUAUACCACAACAAGAAGUUUAUCUGUCAACCAUCCCAAUGUAUGAAAAUACUUUGUCACAAGUACUACGUGAUAUUCAAAUAGCACGUCGAAAGUUUAUGCCAAAAACACUUGCAAAGAAUUAUUCUAGUCAUCUCAGUAAAGUCAUCACAAAUGUUCUUGAUUUUCUCGGGAAAAAUAAGUUUCCUACUUCAUGGCCUGAAAGUUUAAGAGAUUACGAGUUGGUUGUGGAAUCAGAAUCGGGGCCUUUAAUGGUUUCACCGACUGGUCAAUUAAUUGCACCUUCAUCGUGUCCUGGAUUUUUGCUUAUAGACUUUUUUACAAAGAAUUUAGAAGAAGCAACAAUUCGGCAAGCAGCUUAUAAGAAGAACAAAUAUAUUGAACGGGACUUACAUAAGGAAUGUAUUGAGAAACUCAAAGCUCAGACAAUUCUGAAAGACGACAACAUCACACCAGACUUGAUGAUCGAUUGUAUGAAAAAGUUGCUUGAGACUGACAUGAAUUUUAGUAAUUUGAACCUUCACGUGACAACUUAUUAUUCAAUUUUAUCCGACGGAACUGUUUGCAUUCCGUGGAAUUUCAAGUGAUGUUAAAAUAUCAAAAGAAAGUUGAAAGUUAAUAAAAUUUUAUUCUAAUUU